CUGACCCUCCAUUCCACUCGCGCGGACCGUGCCAGAGUAUUAUCUAUCGCGCACAAAGUUGUAGCCUGUCACGCUCCAAAUGCAGCUUCUCCCGCGGCUCUGCAUGGCCACCGGCAACACCGCCGCCGGCGAUGGCGAUGGGAACAACAAAGGCGACAGUAGCAAUAACAAGCUGGCCACGGCGGUGUCGUCCUCCUCGUCGACCGUCUCCACGUCGUCCUCCGCCUCGGCGGCGGCCGUGUCGGAAGCGUCGUCGUCGACGUCCCUCCCUUCGCUUCCUUCGCUCUCUGCCGCGACAAGCACCUGCCUCGCGGCGUCCUUCGUCCACGUCACCACGAUCCUUCCUCUGUCCGCAGCCUCCGCAUCGUCCGCGGCUGCCGUCGUAUCGGCAGUGGACUCCACGCACGGUCUCGUCGUGGCGCGGCCGGCGUCAGUGGCGCUCCACGACCUGUCUACCCUCGAGGCGACUUCCACGUCCGACUCCGCGGAUGCCACCGAUACUGCGGGCUCGGUGAAGUGCGUGGCGCACCUCCACGGCGGCGCUGCCGCCGUGACGGGCCACCAGGACGGGAGGCUGCGCCUGUGGCGGGUCUCCUCACACGCGCCUGCGAGGCUCCGCCUCGCCGCCGCGCUCCCCACGGUCUCCGAUCGCCUCCGCCGGUUCCCCGUCCCGUCCAACCACGUGUCUGUCCGCCGCCACCACCGCCGGCUCUGGAUAGAGCACGCCGACACCGUGUCCGGAGUCGCGGCCUCCGCCGACGGCCGCCUCCUCUUUUCCGUCUCCUGGGACAAGACGCUCAAGGUAUGGGCCCUCCCGUCCCUCCGCUGCCUGCAGUCGCUGCCGGCGCACGACGACGCCGUCAACGCCGUCGCCGUGGCGCCCGACGGCACGGUGUACACCGGCUCCGCCGACAGGCGCGUCCGCGUCUGGGCGCCCCGGCCCGCCUCCGACAAGACCCGACGCGCGCACAGCAAGAAGCCGGUUUACCACCUGGUCGCCACCCUGUCCCGCCACACGGCGGCGGUGAACGCGGUGGCUAUCGGGUGCGGGGGGCAGGCGCUGUACUCGGGCGGCAACGACCGGUCCAUCGUGGUGUGGGAGCGGGAGGACAUCGCGAGCCACAUGGUCGUGAUCGGGGCGCUGAGGGGCCACCGCAAGGCGGUGCUGUCCAUCGCGUGCGCGGCGGGCGGGCUGGUGGUCAGCGGGUCGGCGGACCAGACGGUGCGGGCCUGGCGGCGCGCCCCGGACGGAAGAGGGUACGCUUGCGUCGCCGUGAUCGACGGGCACGGAACCGCCGUCAGGUCGGUCGCGGCGGCGCCUGUGCCAAAACAGAAGCAGCGGCGGGGAGGCGUCGACGGCGACGAGGAGUGGCGAGUGUGCAGUGCGACCUUCGACGGCGAGGUGCGGGUCUGGUCGCUGCGGGUGUCGGGUUCGUAGUAGGUACGGUUUGGCGCCAUUUUUUUUAACGUAAGCCAGCGUAUUUUGGGUUUGUUUGUUUUUGUAACCACGGUUGCUAUAUUUUGGUAGUCUAAGGUUAGAUAAGUUUGAUAAGUUAGAUAGUCUGAGUCUUACGUGCCAAAGACUCAGAAAAAUAUGAUAAGAAUUCCCCUUGCUUGUUAAAUUGUGAGGCUUUGACAAAAUAUUGUGGCACAGGUUGACAAGCUUAAAACAUAAACAAAACAUCCCUUUCUUUUUCCUACCAAGUUUUGGUUUGGUCUCAGAUACGUUUGUGUACAUACAAAGAGAGGGGAAUGUCAGCUAUAUUUUUGGAGUAUUGCGAAGCUAUUUCGCGAUUGCAAAUUUGUU